GGCUUAUUUUGCAAAUUGCAAUUGAAGCUUUCGCGUUAUUCUUUGUUAGGAAAUGAAUUAAUCAUUGAAAUUUAUUACACCGAGACAAAUAAAUUAAAGAUAUCAUAACGCAUUAUCGUUCUCAGUUUAAUUGCAGUCUCGUCUCGGCGCACGUGCUGAUAUGUUUAUUGUAUAAUUUGUUACUUUUUGACUUGUGAUCUUUCCCCUUAGUGAAUAAUAAAAUUAAUAUUGUUUUUACAAACACAAUGUUCCCUUCGGUGAUAAGGGUAUAUUACGCAUUAUUGAUUACCUUUAUUUUUUCUACCGCUCAUGGACUGGAUAGAAAAAUAACAUCGCUACUAAAUCCUGGAUGCAAUGACUGUCCCAUGAACACCACAACCCUGGUGUACGUCAGGGCUGAUGGUGACUCCGACACCAUUCACCAGAUAUGGGACUUCACUAGACACUUACCGACAAUGGUUAUGUCUGUCGGCAGUCUCAACUCCACUUUAAACAUUAAGUGGGAAGGAAUGGAGCCAAAAUACUUUUCUUGGUCUGAACAGCCAAGAUAUAGUUUUGCUACAGUUAUGGACAAGUUAAUAGAAUAUGACGACUUAAACGACAACGGCUACAUAAGCCCGAAGUAUCCACAAAAGGAAUACAGUUGCAAACGAAUCUCGUGGGCCCUGAAAGAGAGUAUUUUGACAGAACAAGAGGCCAUGAUACAUGUAGUGGGAACGCUACAUACAGACAGAUAUGAACGGGACGGAUUUGUACAUAUGAAGUUAGAUCUACUGCCAUUCAGAGACUAUGCAAUAGAAUUACCACAUUUGAUUCACACUGCCAAUUCAACACUCGUAGACCUAUCUCUAGUAAACUUGACGAUAUCUAAAGAGUACAACGCUUCGAGAUUCGCGUUACAUUUUGUAUUGGUCAGUACGGAUGACGCGAGCGAUACAAUGCACUAUACUAUGCGCAAGAGCCUGGACGAUGAACAUACGCCGGGCGUUUUUGAGAUAAUCGAGAUCAAAACCCCGUCUCUUUUUAAUGAUGAAGAAGGAGGCUAUCUUCAGUUCCGACCUGUCGGUUAUACGGACAAAGAGCGGAAUGUUGCCAGCUCUACUAUGGCACAUGUAUCUGAUUUUAACAGAACAAGGCUACCCCAACGCAGCACCAUAGAACUGUACUUCAAAGACUCCCCCAAGGUGCUGGUGCAAGACAUGUUCAUGUCCUUUGGUGAAACUAGCGAUGGCUUCUAUAAGCAGCACAAUUAUACCGCCUGGUCAUACACAAUCGGCUAUGGCGUACCACCAGUCGAGGGCUUUUCUCUAUUCGUUAUUCUAAUAAUUUCAAUAGGCCUCGGUGUACCCAUAUCGCUAGCUCUUUCUGGCAUCGUGUAUGUUCUCGCACGGAGAUACUCACGCUCGAGGACUCGCACCAGACUCACUAAUGAGGACUGACUCGCGUAUGUGAUGCUGGAUGAUGGACUGUGAUUGUGUAGAGGGGGGGGGGAUAAAAAAAACUCCACA